AUGGGCGAGCUUCCACCCUGCUUCCCAGUCUUCAGGAUGCACUCGAACUUGCUUUCAAAACGGAAAGACACAUCCUUCCACCCCGACCGCCUGUGGAUCUGGGAAAAAGCCGUGUACAAGGACGAGAACCAGCGCACCUGGCUGCCUAUAGCCAUGGAGACAGAGAGUGGCCUCCAAGUGCUCAUGCAUCAGGAAGAUGUCCCCCUGGGCAAGGCUAUGAGCCCCAGUGAGCUGGAACCGUUCCUGCUGCCUUUGAUGUGGCAGCUCUACCCUGAAAAAAGAUACCGAGCUUCAGAUUCCAGUUUCUGGCGCAUAGUCUACCACGUGGAGUUCAAUGGCAUGGAGGACAUGCUGCUUGAGAAGCUGCCCCUCCUGGAGUGGGAAUGA